AACGAACUUAGUUGUUCCCUAUCCGCUGUGACAAUAUCGAUUGUUUACGUUUGUGCGGUGUCCUAAUUAAGCCGUGAAAAGCUUAGAAAGUGUUAUUAGACCAUCCAAAUGCUUUAGUUUCAAAGAGUUCAAGCGGUAAAUUAAGGGGUUUGUGGGUAUAAAAAACCGUGCCACUUUUCACAUUCGUAUGUCAAGAAAAUAGGCUUACAAGUGCAAUUACAUCACCAUCUGGCCUCCAUCACCAUCGCUGUCUACUACCGCACCACCACUGUCUCUUCCCUGUGCGCGCUGUUUGUCGUUUUUGUACCCUAAUUUUGUUUUGCCAACGUCACACCGUGUGCCAAACUUGCGACAAACCACGAAAACGUCGUAAUAUACAUCUGUGCCAAAAAAAAAAAACUAAAAUUCGCUACGAAUGCGAGAGAUGGUCGUCAAAGCUGUCCUAAAUAUUUUCGACUUUGGUCGAUUCCCGGCACGGCCGUCACGUGCUAGCUAACUCACCGCUAGACGUUGAACAUCGGGUUAAUCAGGAAAAACGGGUUGAUCUUUAAUAUUUAAGUCCUUUUUUCCUCCACUCGUCCAAUUGUUCCACCCCGAAAACCUUGCACCUUGGUGGUGCACUUUACCUUAGCCUUCCUGCUUCCCUCGAGCAGCAGGCAGCAUUUGGCAACGCAAAAUACGUACGCAAAGCACGCGCGCGCAUCUUAACCGCUUGCCGAAUUGGUUGCGCACUGUGGGGCCGGGAAGGUUUUUUGCGACCUUUUCCGACUAUUAAUGUACCGCCAGACACGGAUUGUCCCAGCCACUUUUUUUUAAGGCACAGCAUCGCCGAACGCAUUUAGCGCAAAAUUGUUAAACCGGCCAGUUUUGCAUCACUGUUCAACCGGCGUUGAACGCGCGCGCGCACCGCGUUGCGCAUAAUUUUUGCACACAUUCGUUUUGUUUCGUCCCUUCUGUGUGUGCGCGUGUAUCGUAACCAGUUUUAUAUGGUUCAAAUCAUUGUAAUCGUUGCCUAAUCGCGGCGUUAUCAAAUUGUUCAUCAUUCACCGUGUGUGUGUGUGUGUUUGUGGAGUGCUCGGGAAUGCUUGCGUACGUCACUGCCGGAUGUUGAUCCAGCUGGAGAUUGGCGCCGAUCGCGUAUUGCGUGAAUCGCAAAAUUAACCCUCCCCGGGUUAGUAUCUAUCGACGGUCGUUGGUAGGCCGGUGUGGUGUAGUGGCAGCAGCAGCAGCGUGGUAGUACAACAAAACACAACCCAACCGAGUAGCGGCUCUCAUCGUCAGCGUUCGAAAAGGAGAAUUGCUGUGCAUUUUCAGCCACCAUACCGUACGCAGGCAUGUACUGGUCCGUCAAGCGGCGCGCUCUCAAAAGAAUCGGACGGGUGACGUGUACGGUGCUGCUGGUGGUGAUUGUGAUCGUGUUCGUCAUACUACCGAUCAUCUUCAAGUUUUCGGUCUCACUGCAAAAGAACAUCCUAUUUCUCACCUUCAUAACCUAUCCGCCCAGCUUGGACCUAAAGCGGCCGGAAAAGAGUGGGCUGUAUGCGACGAGAAACUUCUACAUCAAUUACCGCGACCAGGAGGAGGACAAGGAUGUGAACAUUGCCGUGUGGCACGUGCUGCCGAACGAUUUGGUGCGCCGCUACGCGAAGGAACUGCACGUGGAUGAGCAAAAGAUAACCAACAAAACGCUCCCGACGAUAGAUGGCGCCACCAGCAGCGGCGGUAGCAUACAGCCAUCGGCCGACCAAACGGACGCCACCAGUGGCGACCAGCCGGACAGGUACAGCCGCAUCGAGCAAAUAGUACGUGCGCAAGAUUUCAAACCAACGGACGAAGCGCACGAGCGGACCCUGUUCGAAGAAUCGUUGCGAGCCACGACGAACGAUGUGGUGCUGUACCUGCACGGCAAUACGGCCUCGCGCGGUGCACCGCACCGGGUCGAGCUGUAUCAGAUGCUGCGUGCGCUCAACUAUCACGUGAUAGCGAUGGACUACCGCGGGUACGGUGAUUCCGCUAACCUGUCCCCAACGGAGCGGGGCGUCGUGUACGAUGCGCUGGCCGUGUAUCAGUACAUCACGAGCGUCACGAAGAACCCCGUGUAUCUGUGGGGCCAUUCGCUCGGUACGGGUGUGUCGACCCAUCUGCUGUCGCUGCUGACCGAGAUGAGCCUGCCCGGGCCGAAGGCGCUCGUGCUGGAGAGUCCGUUCAACAACAUCAAGGAAGAGAUCUGUGCGCAUCCGUUUUCGAAGCUGUAUCGUCAUCUGCCCUGGUUUGAUGCGCUUAUCUCCCGACCGAUGUACAACAAUAUGCUGCGCUUCGAGUCCGAUCAGCACAUUGCCGAGUUCCGGCAGCCGGUGCUGAUACUGCACGCCGAAGAUGAUCUGGUCGUGCCAUUCGAGUUAGGCUAUAAGCUUUACCGGCGAGCACUGGACACGCGCGGGAAAGCGUGGGGCCCGAUCGAGUUCCAUCGGUUCGAGAAGAGCAGCCACUACGGGCACAAGUAUAUCUGCCGGGCACCGAACCUGCCAGAGAUAGUCAUACGCUUUUUCCACGCCUACCGCAAUGAGCAGUACUAGGGAGCGGAGAAGCACAAUACCGAUUUGAAUUGAACCUUUUACCACGUAGAAGAGUAAGGUUUCGAGGGUUAAAAUAAAAAAAAAACAAAGACUCAUGCAUAGUGGUAGUAGCGACGGAUGCAGAUGGUGCUGUUCGUCUGCAUCCGUCCACAGUCCCUGCUGUAGUAUGCAGUAGACCAAGUGUUAGAGGAAAAGUUCGAAUUUAACCCGGUACACAGUUGCGCGAUACAUCCUUUGUGUGUGUACAGCUGUCACUCGUGUUGAGAAGCACUGUUUUUAGAUGAACUAUUUCAAGGAUGGAAUGUCCUUUCAAUAAAUGAGCGGCGGUGGAAGUUACGAUA